CUUGACUUCGACUUUUUGAUUCAUCAUCAACCGGCGUCAUUCAUUUGUGCCCACGGGCCUAUACUCUAGGGCCUUAACCAUCAACGUAACUUGGGCAGAUCAUAGAACUCGAGGUUCUUGGACGACUGGCCUUUCUUUUUACGGACUGUGACUGCGAAUCUUUCGCUGGACUGGCAAUCCUUCGAAUCCAUUCCUGGAAUAUCAAAGUUGUGACAUCGCAGGCCCGGGCAUCCUUCUUUUCACUCACUAUCACCAAUAUAUCUUAUCGCCGCCGGCCGGGUGUCUAUUCGUCGUCGACUCUCGUCCCAUACUGUCACUCCCAGCGCUGGUCACUCCUCGUCACCCAACAACAGCAGUUCAUCCAUUGAUCAACCAACAUACACCGCACACCCACCACCACCUGGAGGGAAAUUAACAAAGAAGAGGGAGCGCACCCGCAACGGGGCCAGUCGCCAAACAUGGACAUCGCCAAAACCCUCAUCCGCUGCGUCAUGCGCGCCUUCUACAGCACGCAAGAGAUCCUGAUCAUUGACGCCCUUGUCCAGCACUCGUGCCUCCGCGACGACGACCUCGGUCAUCUGAUGAAGCUGGGCAACAAAGACCUACACAAAGCGUGCGCCGGCCUCCGCGACGCCCGCUUCCUGGUCGUGCACACGCGACCCGAGCUCCAGGCGGGGAAGACGCGCCCGCAGAACAAGACAUACUACUACAUCGACUACCGACAGACCAUCGACGCCAUCAAGUGGCGGGUGUACAAGACCGACAAGGACAUGCAAGGGAUUGCCAAGCCGUCCGAGGAAAACAAGGAGUACGUGUGCCCGCGCGUGGGUUGUGAAGCGCAGUGGAGCCAAAUGGAGGUUCUCGACUCGGUCUCCUCGCGCGGGUUUACCUGUCAGAGAUGCGGCGCCGUGCUGGAGCAGGCUAAAGAGCGCGAGGCCCCCGGGCAUCAGCAGUUGUCGAGGAUGAACAACCAGUUCAAGUUCAUGACGGAUAUGCUGCAGGAGGUCGACAAGGUAGUCAUACCCGAAUGCAACUUUGAUCUGGCACUGGCGAACGCCAGGCCCAUUGUCAGACUGGAGACGCACGAGGUGGCGCCUAGCGUGCCGGUGGACACGGCGCUCCACAAGCCGAGCGCCGUCAAGGGUUUGGCCAACACGGGCCCCAAGACGAUGCAGGUGAUCAUCUCGACCGGUGAUGAUGAUGCGGAGCAGGCGGAGGCGGAGAAGAAGAGGCAGGAGGAGCUGCUGAGGCAGAACGCGCUGCCGGAAUGGAUCACCUCCAGCUCGGUGCCGACGACGGGCGGAUUCAAGGGCAGUGGUCCGGCUGCUGCGUCGCUGCUUGAUUCGUCGUCGGCGGUCAAGGAUGAAGCGGUGGUUAAGGAUGAACCUCCAGCUAAGAAGGUCAAGAUGGAGAUCCAGGGCGAUAUCUCUGUCAAGGAUGAAGAGCACAUGCCUAUGAGCUUCAAGAUGGAGGGCGGCGAUGAGGAGGAGGACGAUCUCGAGUUUGAAGAUGUCAUGUGAGCAGAGUAAACAGGUCUGGCACAACUCAAAGGGAGAAAAGAACGAGAAUGAAAGGCUCUAAGGAGCCUAGCCAAAGACACGAAGUUUAACAUGCAUUGGCGGGAACAUCAUCGAUCACUCUAUGAUCACGAUGGUUACUGUGAUAUGAGGUUGGCCAUAGAGUCGCCUCAUGCGGUCCUUGGACGUUUAAAUCACCGCACGGAACCACAAACUACCACAGACUGGUUUUACGGCAGAUAAGAUUGGGUAUGAUACGCACAGCCAAAAAAAAAGCAACCAAGCAUGCGUCAAAGAGGGAUAUGAGAAACACGUGGGAACAGCUACUGCUCCUUUAAACAUUAGAGAUCUGAAGCAUCCGGGAAUUGGGGUAGGGGGGGGGGGGGGGGGGGAAAUCUACCGAGUGGGCAUGGUUACUUCCUUCACACGAAAGGAAAACUUCAUAAAUUAUAUAGAGAAGGAAGUGGAACUCGAGGUUUGAAGCUCCCACUUUGGAGACAGAAGGACCCGUCAUUGCUUUGCUUCUAUCCCUUGAGCACAACGAAUUUGUACAUAGACGAACGAAUGCAGCACAUACCUGAUGAACACAAGCAGAAAGAUACCACGAAAUGAGGAUGGGAGGCAAAGGGGGGUCAUUGAAAGGAACAGACUAAAAGCGCGAGAAAGCACAUCUAUACUUGAAACCAUUAUGCAGUUGAGC